AGCGUGCCCAGCCUCGACUGCCGGGCGGAUCACCUUCCGCUCCAACAAGGCCAGUUCCUCCUCGCCAAGACUCACGCCCAUCGUGCCAGGCAGGGCGCGCUCUGCCCCGCAGCCUUACAGGUGGUAUCUGCUCCUUGAGACGGUUCCCGCCAGGCUAGGCAGUGGAGCGCCGCACAGCGUGCCUUCCUGCCUCCCAGCUCCCUGCCGGGCAGUUCAGACUCAGCGCUGGCAGGCCUGCUCGGUCGAUCUUCGAUCCAAAGAUGCGGCGGAGCUGGAAGAUGGCUCUGUCCGGGGGUCUACGGUGCUGCCGCCGAGUACUUUCCUGGGUGCCAGUGCUCGUUAUUGUCCUCGUUGUGCUUUGGUCCUACUACGCCUACGUCUUUGAACUCUGCCUGGUGACUGUAUUGAGCCCAGCAGAAAAAGUUAUCUACCUCAUAUUCUACCAUGCCAUCUUUGUGUUCUUUACCUGGACCUACUGGAAGUCUAUAUUUACACUCCCACAACAGCCAAAUCAGAAGUUCCACUUGUCCUAUUCAGACAAGGAACGCUAUGAAAAUGAAGAGAGACCUGAAGUCCAGAAGCAGAUGCUCAUCGAUAUGGCCAAAAAGCUACCGGUUUACACAAGAACUGGGAGUGGAGCUGUUAGAUUCUGUGACCGGUGCCAUUUGAUCAAGCCAGAUCGCUGCCACCACUGCUCUGUCUGUGCCAUGUGUGUAUUAAAAAUGGAUCAUCACUGCCCUUGGGUUAAUAAUUGCAUUGGAUUUUCCAACUACAAAUUCUUUCUUCAGUUCUUAGCUUAUUCUGUUCUCUACUGCCUGUACAUUGCUACAACAGUCUUCAACUAUUUCAUCAAAUAUUGGAGAGGGGAAUUGCCCAGUGUUCACUCAAAGUUCCAUGUUCUUUUCCUCCUCUUUGUGGCCUGCAUGUUUUUUGUCAGCCUUGUGAUUCUCUUUGGUUACCAUUGUUGGCUUGUCAGCAGAAACAAAACCACCUUAGAGGCCUUCUGUACUCCAGUGUUUACAAGUGGCCCAGAGAAAAAUGGGUUCAACCUUGGCGUCAUCAAAAAUAUCCAGCAGGUGUUUGGCGAUAACAAGAAGUUCUGGUUAAUACCUAUUGGGUCCAGCCCUGGUGAUGGACACUCCUUCCCUAUGAGGUCUGUGAAUGAGUCACAAAACCCACUGCUAGCAAAUGAAGAGCCCUGGGAAGACAACGAGGAUGAAACCCGAGGCCAGUCAUCUGCAGAGGCUCUACUUACCUCCAGUGGGCAGUGUUUGAUUCCUGUCCUGAAUGAGGUUAUCCAGAAGCUUCAUCAUCUCUCACCGUGGAAACAGAAACAUAGUGGUUUACACAUUUCCUGCAUCUCUCAGGACCCUCCAUCUCCCAUGAGGCUUACAGAAUUCAAUGUUGGGAACCAUUUUAAUCUUCAAAAUAAGUCACCAUGGUGAAUUGAAAGCUUCACAAUUCACAAGCAUUCCAUCAAAUACUUGCUGUGCAGAUAGAUGUUGCAGGACUUUACAAGUUAUUUAAUUUACUAACUGAACUCAUCAAUCUGGUAGCAAUUAAUUCAAGCCAGUCUUCCUCUUUUUCUUCAUUUUACCUCCCCAAUCUGUAAAAACCUACAGGUAACAUAUAUACCUUUCCAGAGGCUCUUUGUGUUCCUCUUCACAGGUAAAGAGGAAUUCAAAAGACUUCCAUGUAGUUCCUAACUUCCCUGAAAAGACUGUUAAUUAUAUUUAUAGGGUCUUUGUGGUAUCAAGGGAAAUCAGACUGUUUGCUGCUUGUGUGCCUGUGCAUUUAUAAGCAUGCAUAUGUGCAGCAUAUUUACACAAAAUUCUGCUGUGGUGUUGUGAAAUCAAGGUUUAAAAAAAUCCAAGGUUUUUAUUCAGUCCUACUUUUUUCCCUAAAUAGCAAUUUAAAUAUUUGCUGGGCUGUGAACACCAUCCCUAUAUCAGGUAUCUAAAAGCCAAGAGGCAUAAUCAACACACAAUAAUCAAGGUCCUCAAACUGGAAAUUGAACAACAAUGCAAAACCUGUUCUCUGUCAUAAAUGUGUGAUGUUCCUGAAAGCCCCACAGCUAAUAGGGAAGAUCAGAUCAGAUUUCAACUUUAUUAAACAUAAGUAUUGGUGUUUUAAAGACUUUUAAUGUCAGGCUGUAGUAAAAUUCUGUAGUUACUUUUAUUAUUUUCUCUGCUACUUAGCUUUAUUUUUGCCUAUAUGAAUUGUUCUUAGGAUGAAAAAAACCUAUAACCCUAAGUUAUGCACCAUAGAUUUUGUUAAGGAGCUUAAGGGUAAUUUUCAGGUUUAAUUAUAAUACUGGUCAUACGGUAACGUUUCAAAGUUGAAAUUAGCCUAAGGAUUAGCACUUGAGAUCUAUGUUUUCAUAGCAGGGGUUAGUGUAGAGAUAAUGAUAACCUAAUAGUAAUAUGCCAAUACUUUCUUUCUUCUUUUUUUUUUUUUAGCUUUAGUGGUAGUUGAACCAUUAAGACAGUUUACAUUCAUUUCCCCAUUUAUUUAUAAUCAGCCUUUCUUUUAGUCCUAGUGCCUGAAUCAACGAGAAUGAACACUAAUGCUGAGUCUUUAUAAUAUAUAACAAUAAUACCUAAGAGCAUUAAUGGUUUUCAUUUAUCAGCCAUUGUUCUAGUGCCCAGCUGCCAGCAAUAGAAGUCCCAGCUCUUUCGGAAAUUAGUGAGAGUGAGAGGUAUUUCACAGAUUUCAAGAAUUGAACUCUUAGGACAUUAGGUUUACUAAGGAAUCUCCACUAAAACCUUUUUGAGUAAAAGAAAAUUUGCCUACCAGAAACUAUUUGGUGUUCAGGUCCCAGCGGAGCUGAGAAAGUGAACAAUUCAGCUAUUUAAAGAAACAAAAAAUCUGUUCACUUGGAUCCUCUAGGUGAUUUGGGGCCAGGUAAGACUUUUAGCAUAAAUUAAAUGCAUUGUGCCAGCAUUUCAUUUGAGAGAAUACUAGACAUGACAAAAUCUGUUAGGGUCAGGGACUAUUUCUCAAGCUCAGAUGCUAAGAAGCAAUGUAGAAGACUAUACACACCAGGUUUCACAAAUGAAAUCAUGUAUGUUCAGGUGGGAAGAUUUUUUCCCCUUCCUCUCUCUCUCUCCAAAACACUGUCUGGUUUAGGUUUUUCUUGAAAGCUUAUUUAGUCAUUCACAUGGUCUUAUGAUGGACAAACCUUGCGUUUUACUCAUAUAGUAAUACACCUUUCUCUAAAGAUAGAGCUAUUACUUAACUCUACAGCCAGUGGGCCUCAAAGAAAUCCUUUCCUUUCCCAUCUAUACUUUUCUGCGAAGGGUUUAGGCAGGGUAGCUUCUAACUAUGAUUCAAAGUCAGGAAGGAAUCAAUAACUUUUUUGAUGUCUAGAGUGUAUCAACACUUGGCACUGAUACAAAUCAGGUUAUAAAAGACUUGGUCAAGAAACUACAGGGAAGCACUGGAAGGGUAAAGCUCAGGAGAACUAUAAUGCAAAGCUGAUUGUUUAAUGUCUUACAGAUUUACAUCAUCUUCAGAAGGCCAAAUAAAUCAGUUUUAAGUGGGGGUGGGGGGUUGGAGAAAGAAACCUUAUUCCUAUCUCAGCACCUUUAUUUCACUAGUUUAUAGACUCUGAUAAUACCCCUAUCCAUACAUAAUUCAGUAUUGACUACUCUACAUAUGCUUCCCCCCAACUGACUGACUAUUGAUUGACAGAGAGGCUCAUUCAAUAAUUAGUGUAUUCUGACCUGGCUCCAUUGCCUGUUUUCCUUGGGGCCCUGUCAAAUAACCUCUGUGGGAUCUCAUUCCCCAACUUUUGGUACCCAUACUCACCUUUUGCAAAAUAAGACACUCAUUGUUAGGAUCCUACAACUGAAAGGUGCUAUGUAACUCGCUAGUGCUCUUAUAAGUCUUUCAUUGAAGGACUGGAAUGAAAACUUGAACCAUAACAGUAUUUCUAAACAAAACAGUAUGCUCCAUUUUUUCUUCCAUGCUCUCAUUGCUGACUUGUUCUUGCAAAGUUUAGGUUACUUUAAGUUCUUCAAUUCAUUCCAACAAUGUUCUUGAAAUAGAAAUCAUUUUCUGUAUAGUACAUCUGGAAAAGGUGAGGGCAAAAAAAUAACGAGGUGACUUCCAAAAGCACAUAGCUGUCUGGAGCAGACCUCGGUUAUCAUGUCCAGUGCACUGUUAGGCUGACUUGGCUUCCCAGUACUAGAAUUAUUGGGGAACAACUUAGAACAUUGAGAUCACCUUGGGCGGAUCACAUUUCAGAAAAGCUCCACUUUGUCCAAAAUCUAAAAGUAUGCAAUUAAGCAACUGUUAUUUUCUAUGUGAUACAAAUGUUACAUGUCUUUCCCACACUGGUCCCAUGUAGCACAUGUAUUUCACACUAUGUGACAUCAGCCAGUGCCAUUCUCUCCUCUAGUACCCAUAGAGCCCAAUCUCAGGGCUGUCUUUGCCAGGGAAAAUAAUGUGCUUCCCUAUGUUUAUGCCAAAUUGCACAAAGUGUUGUCAUUGAGGUUAAUGGAGAUUAAGCACAAUUCCAAGCAGGUAUGUUUUAAGAAUAUUGAAUGUACAUUACUGUGACAUGCACCUGAAAUUUAACAUGGCCCCAAUUCAUAGGAAUGUAACAGUCAUGCAAAGCCUAUCCCUUUUACUUCUCAUCACACAUAUGUUUCUACAUACAAGUAUGCAUACACAUGUACAACACACACUGCCCCCAAAACAGGCUGCUUGGUCAUCAGGAGCAAAUACUUCAAAGGAAUGAUUCUUUGUCCUCUCCUUUUAGAAAAAAAGUCCAACACCCACUACAAAUGAAGAACACUCCAUUUAUUCGUUCUAAAACCUCUACUCCCAGAGUAGCUAUGGUACUUGGUGCAAAAGACAAAAUUGUUAGACCCUUUCACAAGUCCUACAUUCUUAGAAAAUUCAUGCAUUCCAUCCAGUCAGUAGGAAAUGACUUAUGAGGUAUGGUACAUCUGCAUUUCAUUAACUUUAAUUGUUAAUGAAUUAAUUACCAUAUUAAGUAUGAAUUGUACCAUAUUAAUGAAUUGUACCAAUUAAUCAAUUGUACCAUAUUAAUGAAUUGUACCAAUUAAUGAAUUGUACCAUAUUAAGUUGUAGUCUUUUGAAUGCAGGGGUUAUGUAAUAUAAUAAUGAAGAGGUGGCUCCUAAAAGCAUGCAAUCAACAGCUGUUUGUUUCCCCAGAAGGGCUAGAGCUGUGUCCUGCACAGUGUUUGAAACUAUUAAAUUUGUUCUUUGUAGUGGGCUGGUAUGUGGCCAUCAGCAGAAUGAGUUAAACUGGACAAUGAAUGCAAUAUAUCAGGAAGCAGAUUUUUAGUAGGGAAUGGAAUUAAAGAUGGCAAAAAAAAAAAAAAA